CACACGCUCACUCUCCCUAAAGGAGGGAGCGAGGCAGAGACACAGAGAGGGGAUUGAGAGGAGCAGGAGAGGAGGCUAGGCUAUCUCUGGGCUGCUCUCCACUGCAGCGUCUGGCUUUCACUAGAGAGCUCUAUGACCGUGUUUUUCCUGGGCUUGUUUGCCUAAUUUAUUCCUGCCGGGGCCAGCAGAAAGACAGGCGGAAAAGAAAAGAAAAAAAGGACGGGCAGAAUAGUAAAGAGUGCAACAGUACACCCUGACUUGCGGACAGGGAAUGCAGAGAGGUUCUGGUUGUUACUGCUGGAUGGACAAGCACUGACAAAACAGGAGACAACACUUUGUGGAGCUUUGGGAGAGGAGGAGAUUUCUCAACUCUGCUUUUUGUUUUGGCUCCUUGUUGUUUUUUUCUGUGACAUUUGAGCAUCUGACACCACAGACUCUGAAGAGUUGGAGGAGCCACAAGAAAACAUAAAAGAAGAGGAGGACUUAUUUGAUGAACUUUGUUCCUGAAGAGACCACAAAGACGUUAUUCCAGGAGUGAAAGGAGCGUAUUGUCUUUCUCACCACUUCUUAUUUUAAUAUCAAGUUUCCUGAGGCAAAAUACUUGUUGUAUAUGAAAGCUGAAGUGGCUCUGUGGUCGUACCCUCUCUGAAUACCAAAGGAAGAAAGAAAAAAUCCAAUUUUCAAAGGUGUUUUUUUCUUUCUUCGGAACACAUGACUGAGCAUUUCCAGAGCAAAAUAUAUAUCUUAUAUUUCCUCUUCGUCACGAUCACCUCUGCUUCUAUAACAGCCCCGACAAGUCAAGAGUGAGUCUGGACUAGAACUGCCUCAGAUCAGCAGAUAACACCUCUGCACGGCAGGAACUGGUUGGACUAGUUUAUAAGUUGGAGGAGAGGGCAGGGCAGUUUAACCCUGCCUGAAGGAGAGCUGUGUUUUAUUUUCCUCCCACUUGCUUGUUCUUUUGGGAGAAAGUCGAGCGCUGAGAGAGGGGCAGAGCUUCUUUUACAUUUGGAGAGCGACUCUCUUUUGUCCCUUGUCACUAUGCUUAGGGAUAGGUGAGGUGUUUUUUUUUUUAACUUCAUCCAGGGGGGGGGAGACGCAGAGAGAAAGUGGGAGGGAGGGAGAAAGAGAGAAGGAGUCAAAGUGUAAUUUAUUGUUUCACAGUGAAAAGAGCAAGGCUGCACCCUUUUCUCCUGCCUGAACUCUGAACCACUCAAUGUGUGUCUGAAGUUUUCUCAGACCUCGGGAGCCAUUGAUCGGAGGUCAGGGCUGAGAACACAAGAAGGGUGAAAGACAAGAACAGAGAGAGCAGAGGGAUUAAAGAAGAACGAGGGAAAUAACAGCACUGGAAAGGACCUCCAGGUCAUUACAACCAGACGGCGAAGGGGAGAAAGGUCAACACGGGAGAGUCCGGGACGACUUUUUUGUCCUACCUCUAGAUCUUGGACAAAAAACCCAGACGUGGAGCCACUUGUUUUCUUGUCUGGAAUCAGUUUUUAGACUUUGAGGGCAGUUGGAGAGUGGGGGACAGGGCGGGUCUGUGUAUGAUCCACUCUCAGGGCGGCGUGUCUCAGAGAAUAUGGCCAUGGUGAGCGGGGGAUGGGGCAACCCCAACGGGGACACUAAUGGACUGGGGGAGAAGGCUUACCUGAGGAGGGAGGAAGAGGAGAGCUCGCCUCAGGCCGGGAGCAGCGAUGUGGACGUCGGGGACGAGGACAAGUCCUGCGUGGUGGACUGUGGGGUGUGCGGGGACAAGUCCAGCGGGAAGCACUACGGCGUGUUCACCUGCGAGGGCUGCAAGAGCUUCUUUAAGAGGAGCAUCAGACGAAACCUCAACUACUCCUGCAGAUCAAAUCGAGAAUGCCAAAUCGACCAGCAUCACCGCAACCAGUGCCAAUACUGUCGUCUGAAGAAAUGUUUCCGUGUAGGAAUGCGCAAAGAAGGUAUGAAAGUCCAGAGGGGCCGAAUCCCUCCAUCUCACUCAGGUAUCAGUCCCAACUCCCUGGCAGGUGGGGUUGGAGGUGCUGGGCCAGGAGGUCACAUUGGGGCGGACUACUUCAACGGGCAGCCGGUGUCAGAGCUCAUCGCCCAGCUCCUCCGGGCGGAGCCGUACCCCAGCAGCCGCUACGUGACCCCCUACGGUCAGACACAGAUGCAGGCAUCUGCGAGCGGAGCCUCCGUCAUGGGAAUCGACAGCAUCUGUGAGCUGGCCGCCCGGCUCCUCUUCAGCACCAUCGAGUGGGCCAGAAACAUCCCAUACUUCCCAGAACUUCCAGUCUCAGAGCAGGUGGCGUUGCUGAGGCUGAGCUGGAGCGAGCUCUUCAUCCUGAACGCAGCCCAGUCGGCCCUGCCGCUACACAUGGCUCCUCUGCUGGCAGCUGCUGGGUUCCACUCAUCUCCCAUGUCCGCUGAGCGUGUGGUGUCGUUCAUGGACCAGGUCAGGGUUUUUCAGGACCAGGUGGACAAGCUGAACAGGCUGCAGGUGGACACCGCAGAAUACAGCUGCCUCAAAGCCAUUGCACUCUUUUCACCUGAUGCAUGUGGUCUGACAGACCCAGCCCAUGUGGAGUCCCUGCAGGAGAAGGCCCAGGUGGCCCUAACCGAGUACGAGAGGUUGCAGUACCCCAACCAGCCUCAGCGUUUCGGCCGCUUAUUGCUGCGCCUCCCGGCUCUGCGUGCCGUGCCAGCCAACCUCAUCUCCCAGCUCUUCUUCAUGCGGCUGGUGGGCAAGACACCCAUCGAGACGCUGAUCCGAGACAUGCAGCUGUCAGGGAGCUCCAUCAGCUGGCCCUACGUACCGGGACAGUGAACGCCGCUGACUCCAGAGUGAGACAGACUGAGAUCAGAUUGGGAGGAAUCAGAGCUCACAAAGAUUACAUACAAAGUACAAACUGAAUGUUAAUACAAACUGGGAUCACAGACAUUAAAGGUCCUCAUUUGUGAGUGUAGUGUCAGCUUUUCCCACAUUAGCUUUGUAAAAAUUGGUGGAAGUGACACCAAAGCUGCUUUCAGGGAAAUGUGUAAUUGUCUUUAUAUGUUUCAGCACUUGUCAGUUUUGCUCUGACCUCUGUCUGAUCUCUCUCAGUCUCACUCUGGACACAAAACGCAGGGCUUUAAUGAAACUGCAGACUCUAACAUGAGGCCAUGUGCCUGUACUACCUCCUCCCAUAUCACCCCUAAUGUGACUCCGUUUGAACCCAGGCUCUGUGUGUGUUUUCCCCUCUGUAGAGCUUUAUAUCUGGGACAUGUUCAUGUGCAGAUCGUACCUACGUUGUGUCAUGUUUGAUAUGUGGGAUGAAAUCUCAGACUUUGUUACCAAAUGUAUUUGUGUGAGAACUGCAAAGUAUCACCUUGUACAGAAUUAAAACAAAGAGGCAUGGGCAUUGUA